AAGGCUUUUCUCCGUUCUAUAACCUUGGUAAGUCACACAUUUUGUAAUGGUAAUUAAUAGAACUAAGUGGAGUUAAAUUUUAGUCUGUUAUAAUCAUCAUCACUAGGGGCAGACACAGAUCCAAACCAACUUUCAUCACUUUUUAGAAAACUGUCAGAUAUAUUUGACAAGGGGAAAUGAAACUCUUGAUAAGAAAAUUUUUAGGAGAUUUAUUCCAGACCUGGUUGUGCUUGCAGAUAGUAACGUUUAAAUUAAAAAAAAAACAGUCCAAUCGGUCAUGGUUGAAAUUUAGAAUCCAUGGCAAUAUUGGAGACAGAAAUAAUGGCAACUUUUUGGCUAUUAUAAGAGACUUUGGUGUUGGAUUAAUAUUGGCAAUGUGACUUCUGAUAAUUAACUACGAACAGUCAACUCCCUUUAUUGCGGACACUGUAUGGACCUUGAGUUAGUGUCCUGUCCGUAUUAUCGGUAGGCGAGAGUUGACUGUAAUAAGUAUUGAUUUGCCAAAUUCCACGCACCUCUGUUAAUUUUCACCCAAGUGUGUCAACUAUAUCAAAGGUUCAAAAAUAAAAGUAAGGAUAUUACAUUACGUUUCUCCUUCAUUAAAAAGUAUUUGUUUAAUUUAUGUAAUUACAAAGACUGUGUAUUCUUUAGGUUGGCACAGAUGAACCAAACGUGAAAUGCAAACCUUGUCCACCAGGUUACUUUAGUAAUCAAGAAGGUGCUUCAGAAUGCACUGCGUGUUCAUAUUUUCAGUUUCAGGCGAAAGAAGGUUUGUGCAUUAUUUAUCACAUAAUAGACCUUUGUCACAAUGAUGUACAGAAAUUCCCCCUCUCAGCUAUUCUUUCAAUUCACAAUCAUCAUGAGAGGUAGAUGAGACUGAUUAAGACUGAUCUAUAAUUCCUUCGAGCUCCAGAGGUCAAUAUUAUUAUUUUUACUGCUAAUUCAUGACAGUUGAUAUACAUUUGUCACUAUGAGUAAUGCAUCAAACCAGAAUUUGAGACUAUAUCCAAGUCGUUACAAAGCGCUUGGGUUCAAAGAAUGAAGAAUGGUGUAGAGGAUCAGUGGAUGUUAAUUCCUUUAUUUUAUUUGAAAAAAAUGUUGGAGGGCCAUUUAUUUUUGAUUGUGAUUAUGAUGUAAAAUUUCUAGGCCUAAACAACUUACCAAUAUUUUACGCUGAUGUUCUUAACACCUGGGCGAAGUCCGAGAGCAAACUUGGACAAUGAAAUCUGUGUUGAGAAUGUAAUCUUAUGGAAUAAUAAGCAUAUUUUGAUAGACGGUAAAUCAGUAUAUUGGAAAGAAUGGCAUGAAGCCGGUAUACUUAGAAUUAAAGACCUACUAGAUGAAAAAAACGGAUUCCUCACACUUAAUAAGUUUCUUUUAAAAACUGGCCUCAAGGCGCCUUUUACUAAGUUAUUUGGUUUAAUAUCAGCUAUACCUUAUAGAUGGAAGUGCGCUUUGAGACCGGGAUUUAUCAUGAACAAUCAAGAUAUGGAACAAAAUACAACUAAGGAAAUUAACGUGGUUACUAGCAAGAAGGUUCGCAAUAUACUUAUUCAAAGGAAAUUUGUAGAACCGUUGGCUAGCCUUCGACUAUGCAGGCAAGGAUUGGACAGUUCCAAACUUAGUUCCAUUUAUAUGCUUCCAUUUAAAAUAACCAAAGAAACAAAAUUAAGCAUAUAUUUCAAUAUAAGAUUGUUCAUAAUAUUCUUCCACAUGGGGUUCUUCUACACAGAAUGAAAAUCGUAAACUCUCCUCUCUGCAUACAUUGUGAUUCCCUAGAAACGCUCUCCCAUAUGCUAGUUAACUGUAUAGUAGUUCAAAAGUUUUGGUUUGAAGUAAUUAGCUGGUGGAAAACUCACAGUGGUGAAUGUUUGCUAUUUGAUGACUUAAGUAUAAUGUAUGGCUAUAAUCCCGAAGAUCCUAAAAGGCAAAUCCUUAACUAUUAUAUCCUUCUUGGCAAGAGACAUAUCUUCCUGCAAAGGAGCGAAAUUAAACCCCCAAGCUUUGAUCACUUUCUUGAAUUCGUUAAAGACAAGUUAAUUGUGCAAAGAUCGAUUUUUUAUUCCAAAGGACAAAAAGCAAAAUUUCUUUCACAAUAGAAGCCUCUCCUCUCCUUACUGUAAAUGAUUAUAAUCUAAUCUACGUAUGCGUGAAGCAAGCCUGGUUGCAGUGUAUGUUGUAUUAAUCGUUGGAAUCUUAAUUCUUAAUUAUAAUUUUUUGUAACCUUAAAUUUUGUACUGAAAGUGUUGUAAGUGAUGUAGUGGUAAUAAAGAUCUCUGUUAAUAAAAAAAAAAAAAAAAUCAAAGCAAAUGAAAUUUGUCUUAUCUGGUAUAUCUGCUGCAUUGUGAGUUCCUAGACUGAACAUAAUUUCUCCCAAUUUGUGGCAACCUAUCCAAAUUGAAAAAGAGCUGAUUAUUAUCUUAAAAUACCCUUUCUUUUGUUGCAAUAUUAAGAAAACUUGCAUAGCUGUUGGCCAUGUGAGUGAAACGCUCCAUAGUUCCUUCAGUAUAUAUAGUAGGUAAUUGUCAAUCAACCACUUUUACAACUGUCGCUGGUUUUUGUGGCGAGGAUGCUCAAUUAUUUUGCCUUGUUAUUAGAUCUAUUUUUGUUUGUUUGAUUUUUUUUGAAGAAAGAACUUGUAUCUGAUAAGAGCUCAUUUUUUGAAUAUGUGCAUGUUUUCAGGUCAGACGAAAUGCGACCCUUGUCCAACAAACACCUUUGCCAUGAUGGGUGCCUCAAAGUGUAUCCUGUUACCUAAAUGCACAAAGGAUGACAUCAUUAGCGCCCCUGGAAACUUGAGUACAUGUUCCUGUAACAACAAUACUGGUGUGUGUACAACCACAGUACAAGAAAAGUUUGUCACCGUUACCUUAAAA